GGAAGAUUUUUGCUCUUGUGUUAGCCACGUAUACUUUUUGUUUCCGAUCUUCGCUCCGCUGACGGUCCGUGACGCAAGUUGCGUGCACUAAUGGUAACAGAUUAGAUAGCUUUAGCUUGACCAUCUCCACCGCCGCUUCCGCUACCGCGCAGCGGUACAGGGGUUAACAGAUGCCGAAAGGUUACAAGGUAACUGCUCAGAUGGCCACACAGGCAAGGUAAUUCCACACAGGCGAGCGCGCAGCUACUUCGAACGCCGUUUCACGUUCUUUACCAACAGACUACAAAGCCUGCUUGUGUCCCAGACUGCGCCAGGAUCGCUGUCGCACAACAUAAAUAGCGAUCCUAUCGGUGGCGCUAUGGAGGUUAUCCAAGAGUUACACGCGUAUGGCUGAAUCUUCCUGUUCUGGAUGUCGCAGGUCGAGAGUCACCGGCGCAGCUUGCAGCCAUGCGGCGCCGUCGGAGCCUCCAAUUGCUGGGCUGGCUCCUGCUGGCCGCGGUGGCUACGCUCGCGCUGCUGGGCGCUCCGCCGUGGCCCUCCGGCGGCGACUACUCGUCGACGGGCUCGGCGCCGGCCGAGCUGACGCGCCACCCGUUCUGGACGUACGACCCGGUGCUCCAGGAGCCGCGCGACGUCCGUCAGCUGUGCUCGCUGCCCGUCGUACACCCGCUCCACCCGAGCGUGUGGCCGCACCUCAAGCGCACCGUGCCCAUACAUUGCAAGGUACGGCAACCGUGGCUGACAUUCGUGGAUGUCCGAGGAAACCUGCGUUUCAACCACAGCUCGGGGUACAAGCUCAGUUCCCUGCGCUGCUCGUACACCCCCGCAGAACGGGACGGAGACGACCGAGUCAAAUAUGGAGACCCCGUGCCAUUCACUCGCGACGGCACGCCCCUCGCGCACGACGUGGUCUACGUUUCAUGCCGGAACUACUUCGAGAUACCCAUCUACUCCAACGUCCACGCAGUGCUGCGCAUUCCAAAUGCGAUGCAUCCGCAGGGUUCAUUGACCUCACCACCGCCGCAGGACGUCUACGGUGGGAAAUCAGCGUCGCCGCCAUCCGACAGACACGAUCGUCCAAGCGUCUUAGUAUUUGGCCUUGACUCGAUCUCGAGGCUAUCGAUGAUGCGGCUACUGCCGAAGACUUACGCCUUCCUCACUGAUGUUCUCGGUUCCGUCGUCUUUCGGGGAAUGAACAAGGUCGGCGAUAACACCUUUCCCAACCUGGUCGCGCUGCUGACCGGCAUGGAGGCCUACACGCAGCUGAAACAUCCAGGCACGAAGGGCAAAACAUUCGACGACGUCCAGUUCAUCUGGGACGAUUUCAAACGCGAUGGAUACCUGACACUCUUCGCCGAAGACUUUCCCGAGUAUGGAGUCUUCAACUACCUUGCGCGUGGUUUCAGGGAUCCGCCGACUGAUUUUUAUUUUCGUCCCUACUGCCUCGCCAUGGAGAACUCGUUCCUGGCGAGGACGAGCUCGAACCUUUGCUACGGCAACGUUCCCAAGCACAAGCUCCAGAUUGACUACGUCCGGCGGUUCAUCGAAGUCAACAACGGGUCGCAGCCCUACUUUGCCUUCUCAUUCCUCGUCGAGAUAAGCCACGAGUACAUGCAGCAGGUAGCCGCGGCCGACGAAGACAUUGUGCAGUUUCUUACUGAACUCCGGGAUCGUGGCCAUCUAGACAACACGUUCCUCUUCUUCCUCUCCGACCACGGGCACAGGUUCGACUCCAUCCGCGAGACCUUCGUGGGCAGGCUCGAAGAACGGCUGCCUUUCUUCGCCGUCAGACCGCCUUCCAGAUCGUCAUGGCUGAAGCAGGCUGCACCGAACAGCCACGGCAGUCCCGCCAGCGACUCCGUUUUGGCGGACAAUUCGCUCGCGGAGUCUGGGACGACGAAAUCUCUGUUCGAGGCACUACAGUCGAACGCCGGUCGACUAACGACACCUUACGACACCUACGAGACGUUCAGGGACAUCCUGUUUCUAGGCCGCGACGGGCGUUUCGCGGACAAACCCAAAUCUGACUAUGGCGUCAGCCUGUUUCGUGAGAUUCCUCUCAGCCGAACGUGCGACCUUGCGCGGAUUCCGGAGCAGUACUGCUCGUGUGACGCCGAGGAACCGAUGGAGCUGUCCAGUAAGAUCGUCGAAAGGGCGGCGCUGGCGCUUGUCGACAAGGUCAACAGCCUACUUGAAGUGGGCCUCGGGAACAUUUCGUCCCGGUGCGCGCACCUCACGAUACGCAGGAUUCAGGACGCGCGCGAGGUGUUCAGUAGUGUCGGAAGCUCGUCCACGUCGCCGCCAUCCGCGAGUUCUCCAUACCCUACUAAUGUUGUGGGGCACAAAUUCACCAACGUCGGCCGCCAUUUUGCCAGCGUGCGCAGGGUACGCGUCACGGUAGUCGUACGACCCAGCGAUGCCAUGUUGGAGGGCCUGCUCCUCAUGCGAGAGCACGAGCGGCCCGUCGUCUUCGACGACGUCAGCCGCAUAAACAAAUACGGCCGUCAGUCCUCAUGCAUCGAGCACCAGACGCUGAGGAAGUACUGCUACUGUAUUCAUAACCAAUAACCGAUGUCGCCUCGAUUACUUGAGAAUGCUGUUUCUGAGGAGGAAAGCGCUGUCUCUACAGAACCUAGAGACCAAGAUCUUGCUUGCUCAUUUUGUUUUGUUUUCGCCACUAGCGUAGCGUUUUGGUGAACGUUUCUUUGACAGGGACGCGAAACUGCCAAUAUGUGUGAUACCUAACUGAUCAUCGCCCGCUCGCAACGCGUGAGGCUGUUACGUCGCUUAUCGUCAAGAACUGAUAUAUUAAGGGCUUAAGACUCUACCAAGGUGUUUAAUAUUAGAGUUUAUACUUGCCAUAUUUAUAACAGUUUGACUGGUCACGGAGAAUGAGUGAGUAUUGAAGGGUGCUUCGUUAAUUCUUGGGCGAGUCAUAUUCCAUCUGAAUGAGUGGUGUAAAAUAGCCGCUAACUCGUAGUUUUCGUUUGGUCAAAGCAGAUGCAAUGCGAUGUAAAGACGACUGACCGAUUUCGAUAACCGAGACGUGAUAUUUCCACAGCGCGCUGCCAACAAAAGCGUCGCACUUGUGAGUCACUUCAGGAAACAGAUCUAACUUAAUGCAAUUCAUCGUUGCGCUGAGCUUGCUUGCAAUUGCGCUUGGCACAAGCGCAGUGUCCGCAUGUUUCUGCCUCUCAUGUGGUAGGUAACUCGAAUAUUCGUGCCGUAAGGGAUUUUGGAAUUUAUUGACCACGUGCAAAGUUAUUUUCGAAGAGUAACUUCACCUCAGGUGGCAAUGAAGUAACCGAGAGUUUUUUGAGAAAUAGGUCUUUGUACAUUUGAAAUGUUGCUGUAUUGUUCAAGAGAACAAAAGCCAGUACGAGAUCCUUGCUGCGUAAAUUGUUGAAAAAGCGAAUACUUCUACUUCACUUCUAUUGUGGCAAACCUGACCGUUUUUAGGAUGAUGCGGAACGGAAAGGUUUAUUGUCUCACUUUGGCGCCUGUUUCUACAAAUAUUUAUAGCGAUGCGAUGUUGAACUGAAUUAGAAACGGUCCCUAACGCACGCUACUGCUGAUUACUAGAUUGCGUUUGGCGCAAGCAUGGACAGCUCAUUCAUUUUUGACAAGCGGUUCUAAGCUAAGGCUUAGAACAGAUUCCUGAUCAUUGUGAUGGUCGCUUGAUGGAAGCAUCUGCAAUGCUUCCCUAGCUAUUAUAUCGGGGCUUUUGUCAGUUUGAGCUAAACGCUUAUAGCUAAUUUAAAAUGCGUGGUACCUGUCGCAUUGAACAGGAAACAUAAGAAUAAACAAAGCCGCUCAACAGACCACUCAUAACGAUCGUGUUAUACACCGAUGUAGGUUUUGCGCUUCGAACAUAGACCACUUUGUUUAGUUCAGUGUGCAGACCUGUUGGCUUUGGCGGGAUAGCGCAGAGGAACUGUGCUGGGGCCACAUGCAUCAUUUAAGUUAAAUGUGUUUGAAACAUACACUGAUGGAUCCACGAUGUGAGUGCUUCCUGAAGAAGAUGCAGAUCCUGCUCACUGGGUAUAAGUGUGCCGACUUCGAGCACUGCAGAAUGCACUGACAUGUGAAAUGUGUGUUUUUUGUGCAUUUGCGAGGAGACUUGACUACUGACUUCAUCGAUGGACAUCUUCUGAAGUGUUGUUUCGGGUUAAUCGUCUCAAGUAACUCCUGGACAACUGACUUUUAAAUUCUUUUUGACCGUUUUCUGCGAAGAGUGCAGCGCGGUGCAGUGCAUCGCGUAUUUGUGUGUCCGUGUGUGCAAUGUUUCAACAAGCGAUAUUAUUGUCUUUUGGCUUGUGGAUCGCUGGCGAUCCCGAACAUUGUCAACUUUGUUCUCUCUGCUUCACGUGUCUUGUCCGUUUAUUUACAAUGCUGACAGGCAUCAGCAGUUUGAACAGUGAUUUUCUUUCCUGAGAAUCUGGUAGGUGUGAAUCCCAUAACUUAAACAAUUUUGUGUGGAGAGAACCGUGCGCGGCAACAUUCGUUGCCCCCUUUCCCACGUCUCCUGGAACGUGUGAGUGUGCCUAUUUGCUGGAUAACUUUUGCUUUCUUUUCUUGGUAGGCCCACUUUUUUCGUGGUCCUGCUUCGUUCUGCGUGCAUAUUCGUGUGCAUAUUCGUUGUGCGUGCAACUGCUUGCAUAUUAAUGCUUCGGUUCUCGGGCCGUGUGUGUCGCGACUGCGCUUUUGACCCGCACUUUUUUGCCCACUUCGUUAGAAGGUAGCAUGGGCGUCGACAUAACGCUACCACGUGACUUUCCCCGGCGAGCACAUUCGCAAUCGGGCCCUGCCUUCCUUGAUUUCAGUUUGCAGAAACCGUUAUGCUCAGUUCUCUUUAAACUGAAAGAGCACUGUCUUAAAAAACGAAAAAAAAAAAACGCAGUCGGUCUCUGCCAUUCCGUGGCGUGCCACGACGUAAAAGUGACGCAGAAAGUGAGAAAAACUCGGGGAGAGCACUUACUCCACACGGCUGCCCUUUCCCUGUUUUCGCAAUAGCGAACGUGCUUGUUCCUUGGCACAGUUUUUAGGUGCCCGCAACGCCUUGAAACCGCAGUUAUACCAGUCAUCAUCAGGGUCUCCCGUUUCUGCUCAAAGCACAAGCGACCGCCUUUGACAAAUCCUCGACGUGUUCAAGCUUGGCGCCUGUAAAAUGUAGUUCUUACGACAAGCGACUCUGCACCUCGUUGACCACAAUGCCUCGUGAUGAAACUAAAACGAACCUAGAGUCCCAGUAGAGACACUACAUGCCUCUCCGACCUUCACUGACGCCCCGGUUUUCUGGCCCAUUUAAUUAGGUCAGCCGCCGGAUUUCUUGGGCCGACUACAUCAGGCGUGACUUGCUCGUUAGCGUUAAGUGCCCGCAACGAAUAAGUGGCCGAUUCGCUGCUUUCUGGUUCUUUCUGACAGCGGGACAUUGCGCUUACGGCAGGAGUUGAUCGAAGCCGACAGUGCUCGUGUUCCAUAGAUGCGUGCGGUGUUCAGUUAGUUGGUUGAUGACUUGAGGCUGCGGCAUUGGGCUAGAUGGCUCAUGACACAGCACUUUGCGAUUUGUGUUCAUUUCUGUCAGUCUUCGUUUUCUGCACUGUUUACCUUUUAAAGUCAUGUUUCACCGUUGAUAACUACCUAUGGAAUAUUUUAAGAGUUAUCGUGAGUAGACUGAGGGGUUCACCUAAGAUUAUACACUGUGUCCUUUAGGGGAAGACCUACGAAAUGAAAGUUCCUCUCGCAGUUACACCUGCUUGAGCAGCGAUGCAUGAAGCGGAACGCGCUUGGUCAAGCUCGACCGUAAUGGGUAAUUAACCGAUGCUUAUCAAGAACCUUGAUUGUAUGCGCCUUGAAUUCAGUGGUUCUGUGAUUCGCUAGUUCGACGCUUGUAGUAGUGAGACAUGGUGGGAUAACGAGUCACUAUCACUUAAAUCACGCGAAAGGUAAAUGACGGCAGAGUCGCCAGUGGUGCAGUGUUUUGUACUAUGAUUACUAGCGGUAAGUUUGGCGCUAGAAUUCUUACAAAACCGCGGGAAUUGCGGCAGUACGCCGAUACUUCUACCAUUUGGAACGGAUUCGUUUAAAAAGCACAAUGACGCUUACUUUAUUCCUCCAGUUUGGCUAAGGCUGUCUGUCGCCUGCUGACACAUUCUUUUUAAAGCAGGUGUGUGCUUUGCAUCCAAAUUAGCGAUCUUCAGAUGUUAAUGUACAGGGAAUAAGAACGUCCUGACACUUUUGAGUGUGUGUUGUGCUAAAUCUAGAUGGCAUUUGUGGAGGAACGCUCAACGUAUUUGAAUAUUAGGCAGCUUUAUUUGUGACGUACCGAAAUUGAUAAGUUUGUAAAAAUCCGACGGCUAAAUGAGACUUAUUACUGCGUUACAAAAGCGAUACGAUUAGAUGAAACCAAGAAACCAGGAUUGAGUUCAGAGCCAAAAUGGAGAUGUUUGGACAAAUCCUUGUAACGCUCAUCAUUGUCAUGAUGUAUGAAUCUCUGUACUUACGACACUGCAGGCGCCAUACGGCCACAUUUUGCUUUGGGUUGAUUUGUUUCCUUUCCCCCUGACUCGUUCUCGCUGUCCAAGUGGUAAAUCUGGCUUUACGGCUUAAAGGCGUAACCGACGUGGCAGGAAUUGUGCGUCUAUGCCUUUGAAGAGUGGCGUUUCAUAACACGUGAUCUAUCGUUUCGGAUACAUGCAUGGGGGGUGCAGCCGGGAGGGAUUUUUUACAUGGGGUUUCGUAUUUAUAGCCACUGUAAGUACCAGAAAACGUUGUUCUUUAACUGGUUAUAAUGGGCGUAAAAUUUAACCUGAGAUCAUAAACUUAGUCUGAAGAAACAGAUAUCACAACGCCAAAUGCGUCAUUGUUUACUGAUUUACGCUCCUUUCUUUCUCUAUCUCUACUUUCCUGUCACUUUACCUCCCCCUCCCCUCUCUCCUAAGCGUAUGGUAGCAAACCGGAUCUUCCCAUCUCGUUAACCUCCCUGCCUAACCCCCUUUCAUCUAUCUCUCUCUCUACGCUACCUGGAGAAAUGCGCUUCAGCAAAGCUAUUUUCUUCGGAAGCACAGCACCGCAAAGUGCCGCGAAAGAAAACGAACAUGGCGUCCUGCUUAUUUGUUUGCUUUUUUUCGCAACCGAAACGUUUGCUGCGAGACGUCGAACUUUUGAACCAUUUACCAGGUAACCUGGUAUUGACUGCUCUCUGGGGAAGGCGACUGGGAGCGACGGCUCUCGUGAGGUUAAAAUGACGUCAGCGCGACGAAAUGAAUGUUUUUUUUUUACCUGUUUAGACUUUCUGCCGUUGUGGAAGCUAACGAAUGCUGGCCUGAGAUAUUGGUUUUCCUGCGUGCCAGUCGAAAAAAACUUCAUAUUUCUGACAAACGACCUUCUAUAAAGACAGCCGAACUCCCGCCCUUUCGGCAGCAAAAGCAAAAUAAAGCACGACUGCCAGGUUUGACCGAGAACGGGAGGAGAAUUUUCAGUUGGUCUGCCAUAAAUUGCAUUUCCAUCUACCGAAAACGAACACCUGCCGUCGACCGAGCCUGUCAAGCCGCUUAUCAGGUUACCCACAGCGAAGAAAGUUUUUGCGAAUGGCUGUUGUCGAGCUUCUAAAUUGCCAACAAAUAGUAUAGUAAAUGGUAACCUGAUAGUCGUUUGAAAAUUUCCACUGGAACACUCCACUGCAUAGUGUACGCAGCGAUUACCACUCUACCGAGUUCCCUCGCAUGUAUGCACGGCUGUCUCAUUCAGUUUUCUCUGCUGAACAAUCAGUUCGGAUGAUGGUCACUUAAAGACAAAGUAACAAAAACUAAUGCUUUAUGCUGAAAACGUAAUACUGCCUAUUACAAUACGUUACUUAAUACGUAACGACGUUUAAAAUAUCAUCCUAGAAAAUCUGAAAAUCUUGGAAAGCGAACUCUUCUAGAAUGGAAUGGAAAAUGGAAUGGAAAAACUUUAUUAAGGUCCUUCGGAACGUGCACUAGCCCGUAGCGGGCCGCUCCCACGUCGUGACAGAAAGGCCUAGCCUCUCCCCCACGCCGCGGGCCCGUUGGACUGCCCAUAGUUGUGGUUCAAUAUCCGGACUACGUAGAGCAGCCUCCCAUUUGAACACUUCUAGAAUCCAGAAACAAUAAAACUAUUGAAAAAGGCUUGGAGAAAAUGGGGCAAACUGCUUAGCAAUAGUAUCAUUAGAAGUAAAAUUAGGAUGUUUAAUUGCCAAAAGUGCAGCCACUUUGAUGAUGUUUUUUUUUUCAGUUUUCUUGAAAAGGCAGCCAGCGCUAGGAGUUACUCAUGGCCAGGUACAGCUACACAGUGCCACGUGGCACUGUUGGCGUUGGAUAUCCAAUUUUACCAGUCAAUUGAAUCCAACUAAAUUAAAUAUCUGCUUGUUAAUGAAAUGCUGUGGAUCCCUCAAUAGACACCUGACGGCUGGCCUUACGGCAGUUAUACGGUAUAUCUUUGGAAGCAUGGAUAACGAUGUGUAUUGUUCAUCAGUUUCAGUUCGACAGACACUCUGCAUACAUGACGGGGCAUGUAUAUGUAAGCCCAUUUUUUCGUGUGUUCCGUGCCACGGUAAUAUUCUUGGUGUUGUCAUUAACGCUUAAAGAAAUCCUGAAACGUAUUAGAGAGUAUUGGAGAGAAGUGCCGAAACGGGCUUCCGGAAAGCAUAAAAGUGGCUGUAGGGUACAAAUUAGACAUCACGGGAAAUUAAGAAUUUGGGUAAGAGGGAAGCAUUAGAUCAGACAUAAGAAAUACUGUUGAUGUUACCGUUGUAAUUGAAAAAAAAGAAGGAAGAAACAGAAAGAAUUGAGAAGGCGCUAGCAACUGCCUCCAGAAAGCAUAAAAAAGGGCACAGCAAAUGAAGAUAGAGCUUAGACAAAAAAAAAAAAAAAAAACAAGGAAGACAAGGAGAACUUUCAGAUGGCGACCGUAAUAACUCUACGAGCUUCUUGGUAAAAGCGCCCUGUGUUGUAAACUAACUGGAGCGUUUACCACGUCACUGAGUCCUCAUUGCAUCCCCCUGUUUCGAAACAAGUAGCUUUUGUUUUCUAGAUCAUACUUAAUGACGCAGAGUGUUGUCACCUACAUAACGAAUCAUUAAGGCAUCAUCUAUACAUGUGACGCUUGCAGAGCCUCUCCGCAUAUUUCGCUACUUUGCAUAUUUCGCUACUUUGCAUACUUACCACCGCGCCUUUCUUCAAUCGGUAGCUCCGUAGUUAAUCCUUGAAUAUUAUUAUGUAUUCUUCAUACUUACGUGGAAGUAUACACCGAAAUAGUAUAUAUACCCAGGUUGAACAUCAUAUAUAUAUUACCAGGAUGUAGGCAACGGGUUUUUAACAGCAGAAGUUAUUUUGAGAGGAGCCCUGGCAUUUUGCUGCAGUUUCAGGGCCCUGUAUAACUGCCACGAACAAUCACCUGUGACAAUUUCAUCGCAUUUCUUCUACACUUAGGUUAGAGCAUGAAGUUCUUGGAAGAGAAAAGCGCGUAAGCAAAAGAACUAGCAUAACAAAGUCGGUCGGAGUACUGAGAUGCCUAGUCAAUGGGAAUAUUCUACAGAAAAGAAAGCAGUUGCGUUUAAAAACGAAGCUGGCUAUAAUGUUAGGGUUGGGGCAGAGUGAAAUAAUUCGGACAAAUAAAAACGCAUGCCAGUGUUUACUAUUGUGAGUGCUUUUGUUUAAAGUAGGUUCAAGGGCUUCGUCUUCACCAUGCGUACAGGAGGGCUUAUGAGGACAGCGAACCGUGAUGUUAAGGUACCAGAUUUGGCACUGGAUGCACUCUAUUCUAUGCUUAGAAAGGGAUUAUGAGAUGCUGUAAGCGUUGCCGCAGCCUCCACGCUAUUGCGAACAAGAAUGUUUUCCAGUAUACCCAGCGAUUUUGAUGAAAAUGUUGUUAGAUUUAGAAACGAGUGAACAAGGUCAUUUUUUUAGGCGGAAUUAAUUUGGGUUGGCAAAAUACCGCCACAUCACGCCAGAAAUACUGCCAACAAGUCUGCCUGUGUGAGGUGCGAGUAAAAGUGCUGAAGUGUAGAGGAAGGCGGCUGGAGGUUGAAAUAAACGCUUCAUGGGUGGAAGGCUAGGUAGGCAGGGUAAUAAGGACCACAAGAAGACAGAAAUAGCAAGAUAUAAUGAAGACUGUGAUUAUGAACCGUGCCUGUAGCUUCAGAUCGAAAUUGACAUGCUUGUCACGUGGCGUCCUUGCGGAGUGAUUUUUUCUCGGUGCUCCACAUUGCAUGCUCGAUUGGCUCAAACUGGCUACAAUGAAGGACCACAUCACAUUUUGCUGGCUAAAGAAUAGAAAACAUGACUGAAUUUUCCUGCAUGCAAAAAGAAAGAAAUUGUAAUGUCGUCUGCACAAUACAGAUUAAAAUUACAACAUUGCGAGUUGCCGUUUAUAAAGUGACAUGUGAGACCAGCCGGCUGAGCGUUAGGACGGCGGGUAAAGUGUGACUUCAUUACUUCCUUCAUUGCUUCACAGGAGCUCCAGGUGAACAUGCUUAAAAAUGUGGUCAAAAAUAAUUAUUUUUGUCUAAAGUAUCGGGUCUUCAUUAAUGCAAUGUCAUAAAUGUGAGCAAAAUAUUUAUAUCGCACAAUAUUUCUUAGGACAGAGUGUUUCAUAAUUUGCAUUGAGCGUCUUAAUUUAGUGGAAGCUAUAGAAACAUUCUUGAUCAUCAUGGACGUCGAGUAGUUCCAAGUAUGUAAGCCUGCUUUCUUCGCCGGCGCGUUCAGUAUAUUGUAUGUUCGCUAUUUAGGAAGCGGCAGUUUCGGUGGAGACGUUUAGAAGAGAUGCUACCACUUUGGGCGAUGCAUAUUACAGAAUAUAACGAUUAAUGCAACAUACUUCCGAUUUCGUUCGCGUAAAGGCGUACCUUCCUGCAGGAUGACAGGGGUCAGCUGAAGAACGACUAAGUAAGAAAAUGGCGUGCCAAACUGUAUAAUAACGGACUCGAGAACACGUAAAAGCUAGCUGAAGAACAUUUGCUUUCCUUACCAACCGUAACUUAUGGCAUAGCACUGCGUUCGAAGUUCCAUGGCUAAAUUUUUCACACGCUAGUGGCGUCAUACACUGUAAUGCACACCAUUAUCACCGUUAUUCGCACAUUUCGGUGUGGUUUUAUUCCGGUGAGGACCGUUGUAGUUUGCGGCUUACGAGCGCGAAAUUAUCUUACUAAAUUCCCAAGCGAACGUUGUGCUAAAACCGAUGCUUCGCCAAUAUUUACCAGUUCAUACACGCCUCCUCGUGAAAAAAAGCAAACAGCAGCGGCGUUGUUGGAGAUGCUUGUUGCUAAGUACGCUUCAGUGCAAGAUUGACCUUUCUGCUUGCACACCUCGAUGACGCGGUUGAAUAUUUUUAUUACGGUGUUGCAAUGCAAGUUUAACAGGUCUAUGAAAGCAGUUUUGCCUUUGCAAUGCUUACAUUUGCAUAACCGUGAUGUUGACAAGAUUACACCUAGCCAUUUGAAGAAGACGUCAAGGAACAUUCCAAAUACAAACGAAAUUCUGGUUAUGAGCGUGUCGUGUAUCUUUUUUAGGGGAAAAUAUUUCUCGCACCGUCAGAACUAAUAGACCUAUGAAAACUAACUUGUGGCAUUAGCUUGAAGUUCUGGUCACUUCCACAGAAUCUUGCAAUACUUUCACGUUUUGUUGUGACGGUACAAUGUAUUUUAUGACGGGUAUUUCUAUUACGACAAAAAUUCUUGCCGUGGCAACAGCUAAAUGCCGGUGUUAAUUUCUUAGGAAAAAGAAUUCUGUCGUUGCAAAAAAAAUGUUCUCUUGUGUUUAGCGGCUGCCUAAUCUUUGCGCGCUAACCAAUACGGUUUAUCGCAUUGAUUAAAAAAAAACCUUUUUCGUGCUUGGUGUGUAACGGUCUAAUGUACAUUGUAUGCGUGAGUUGCAAUAAUGCGCAUUGACUGCGCAUGGACGUUUCUGAAAUGAAAUAAAAAAACUUUUUACAUACACGCUGAAAAUGCAAAUGCCAAUCUACAACCGACGGUGACAUAACCGGCGCAUCAUUGUUGGCUGGCACUAAUUAAGCUUCCUCCCAAUAUUUACACUUAUAAACAAACUGAAGUUUAGAACCGGUGCAUGAUGUAACAAUAUAAACGUAUGAAGUUUGAAACAUCAGCGGACGCGAAAGUGAAAUGUUACAGCUGCGCUGCUUGUUUAUGGCUUCAAUGUUUAGAAUCCUUAGCCGAGCGUGUGGCCAAGCGAUUUUCAGUGACGUCACAGCAGUGUUACGUAACACGUCGACGUGCCUGUUCGCCGUGCUCUGCGCCCAAAUUUUAUCGAGAUUGUCGCCACUUGUUCGUGCUGUCGCUCUGGUCGCGCCUACGCAGACGUCGUUGCGUUGGCACAUUUUUUGCGGUUCCUCCCUUGGACAUAUACGACCUAUGCAAUGCCGAACAGCAAUAUGUGUAUGCCAAGAUUGUGCUCAAUAAAAGCACCCUUAUAUUCCUUACA